AUGGCAAUAGACCACGCGUCCCCUCUCGCGCUCAAGAGCGGCGGCGCCACGGGAGGAGCGGGGUGCGAGGACGAGGAGGCGGAGAACCAGCGGUGGCCGCCGUGGCUGAAGCCGCUGCUGGCGACGAGCUUCUUCGUGCAAUGCCGGGCGCACGCCGACGCGCACAAGAGCGAGUGCAACAUGUACUGCCUCGACUGCGUCAACGGCGCGCUCUGCUCGCUCUGCCUCGCCCACCACCGCGACCACCACGCCAUCCAGAUUCGGAGGUCGUCGUACCACGACGUGAUCCGGGCGUCGGAGAUACAGAGGGUGCUGGACAUCACCGGCGUGCAGACGUACAUCAUCAACAGCGCGCGCGUGGUGUUCCUCAACGAGCGCCCGCAGCCGAGGCCGGGCAAGGGGGUCACCAACACCUGCGAGGUCUGCGAGCGCAGCCUCCUCGACUCCUUCCGCUUCUGCUCCCUCGGAUGCAAAGUAUGCAUAUGUCCUCCUUACAAUCCAAGCUUCGGCCAUGGCCUGGCGCAUUGCAAGCUGGUAACCAGCACGGCAUCUUCUGCCCCACAGAUUGUAGGCACGUCCGGCGGCCACCGGCCGAGGAAGAAGCACGGCGGCAAGAAGAAGAAGAGAGCGGCGGUCAAGGAUGCGCGGUCGGACUCGGAGCACUCGUGCACGAGCACAAGCGGCGGCAGCAGCGACAAGAGCAGCGUGGUGCAGAGCUUCUCGCCGUCGACCCCGCCGGCCACCUCCAGCAGCUACCGCGCCGGCAACAAGCGCCGCAAGGGCAUCCCGCACCGGUCGCCGUUCGGCAGCCUCAUCGUGGAGUACUAA